AUGUUGACCCUCAACAUCCUCUCCCUGCUGCCCCUGGCCUUGGCCAGCGUCGUGCCACGAGAUGUCGCCAACUACGAUGGCUACAAAGUGCUUCGUGUGAGCACCAACGGAGAUGCCGCCGCCGUCAUGGAGACUCUCUCCGCUCUCAACUACGACCAAUGGAGUGCCCGUAUCGGAGAAUAUGUCGACAUCUCAGUCUCCGACGAGGACUACGAGAAGUUCCAAACCCUCGGCCUCACUUCCUCCAUCAUGCACGAAGAUCUUGGGGCAGAUAUCGCCGCCGAGACUACAGACUCCAGCGAGUAUCAAGCUACCGUGCUCCAGCGUCGUCAAAACGGCGCACUCCCGGCUGUACCUUGGUUCAACAGCUAUCACAGCUACAGCGAGCACGUCCAGUAUUGGAACGAUCUGCGCGCAGCCUUCCCCAGCAACUCCGAGCGCUUCGUGGCUGGCCGCUCAUUUGAGGGCCGAGAAAUCUUAGGCCUCAAGCUCUUCGGUGCCAACACUGGAGCCUCUAAGAAAGCCGUCAUCUGGCAUGGCACAGUUCAUGCUCGCGAGUGGAUCCCGACCAUGACUGUGGAGUACCUAGCCUACAACAUCAUAAAUGGCUACAAGAACAAUAACGCCAAAUACCGCGCCCUCCUUGACGAGUUCGACUUCUACAUUCUACCUGCCGUCAACCCGGAUGGUUUCGCUUACUCCCAGACGAAUGAUCGCCUCUGGCGCAAACAACGCAAACCAGUCCGCCUCUCCAACGGUCGCACAUGCUUCGGCACGGACAUGAACUGCAACUGGCCAUACCAAUGGACUGGCGAUCCGAACGGCGCCUCCACUAACCCGUGCGCCCUGACCUACAAAGGCCAGGCUGCAGGCGACACACCCGAAAUCCAGGCCCUGACCUCACACAUGCAGUCCGUCUCUCGCUCGCAAAACUUGACGCAGUACAUCGAUUUCCACUCUUACGGAAACUACAUCCUAUCGCCUUAUGGCUACACUUCUGCGGUGCCGGCGAAUAGCAAUCAGCAAGUGAGCUUGGAACAGAAGGCGGCUGCGGCUAUCAGAGGUGAGCAUUACGAAUCUCUUUGGUUCUCUCGAGCGCGUAUGCUAACGAAGUGUUUACUAGCUGUAUGGGGCACACAGUACACCGUCGGCCCCUCGGGCGCUACUUUGUACCCCACGACGGGCAGCAGCAAUGAUUAUGCGCAUGAUCGUGCUGGUGCGGAGUAUUCGUACUGCAUGGAGUUGAGGGACAAGGGCCAGUUUGGCUUCGUGCUUCCGGCGAAUCAGAUCUCGCCGACGGGGCAGGAGGUUCUUGCUGGUGUGUUGGUGCUCUUGGAUGGAGCAUAG